ACCGCUAGACAAAGAUAAAAGAGCGACUGCACUCAGUGGCCGACUACCGAGGGAGAAGCGUGUUGGUGAUGGCAGGGAUGUUAUUUUUCACAUCGCGGAAUUUACCGCGAAGCGUUAGCAGAUUGACACAAAAAGUUUUGGAGAAUGAAUGGUCUCAGAUGACAUUCAAAACAAGAUCAUAUCACGGAUGCAGAUCAUGCUCAAGCCACACCUUAGUAAGACGACUUACAUCUGCACAAGCAGUAAAACGGUUUAUGAAGAUGGAAAACUUACGGUCGUGCAACGUGUUUGUGAGAGACUUUAAAUCGUCUUCAUUUCUGUGUGAGGAAGUGAAGAUCGUCACUGUACCACCAUUUGCAGAAUCUGUUUCGGAAGGAGAUGUGAGGUGGGAGAAAGCUGUUGGAGAUGCUGUUUCAGAAGAUGAAGUAGUUUUGGAAAUAGAAACUGAUAAGACAUCAGUGCCUGUUCCUUCACCAGCGGCUGGUGUGAUAGAAGAGCGGUUUGUGGAAGAUGGAGCAACAGUUAAAGCAGGACAGAAGUUGUUUAAACUCAAAGUAACUGGUGCUGCUCCUGCAAAGCCGAAGGCAGAGGCGGCAGCCAAGGCUCCAUCAGCAGCUCCACAGCCAGCUGCAGCUGCUGCGGCUCCUCCUCCCCCACCACCACCACCACCGCCUCCCUCCGCUGCUCCCAGUGCUCCAGCACCUAGUGCUCCUCCCACACCUCCACCACCAAAACCACAGGCACCAAUGAGUUCCAUUCCUGUGGCAGCCAUCAGACAUGCACAGGCCAUUGAGGCAGCCACUGUCAAAGUUCCUCCUUCUGAUCCUACGUCAGAGAUCUCGGGAACACGAACAGAACAACGAGUCAAGAUGAACAGAAUGCGGCAACGCAUAGCACAACGUUUGAAGGAAGCACAGAAUGUUAAUGCUAUGCUAACAACAUUUAAUGAAAUUGAUAUGGGAAAUAUAAUGGAGUUCCGGAAGCAACAUAUGGAGACUUUCCAGAAGAAGUAUGGCAUUAAGUUUGGUUUCAUGUCUGCUUUUGUAAAAGCGUCGGCAUAUGCUUUGCAAGAUCAGCCAGUGGUAAAUGCUGUGAUUGAUGGCAAUGAGAUUGUGUAUAGGGAUUAUGUUGACAUCUCUGUUGCUGUUGCUACACCAAAAGGGCUGGUAGUACCAGUUCUGCGAAAUGUUGAAUCAAUGAGCUAUGCUGACAUUGAGCUGGGGAUAGCUGCACUUGGCGAGAAAGCUCGAAAAGGAGCGCUUGCAGUGGAGGAUAUGGAUGGAGGGACCUUCACUAUUAGUAAUGGAGGUAUCUUCGGUUCUCUGAUGGGUACACCUAUUAUAAAUCCACCCCAGUCUGCUAUUUUGGGUAUGCAUGCUAUUGUGGAACGACCUGUUGCCAUCAAAGGACAGGUUGUUAUUCGACCCAUGAUGUAUGUUGCUUUGACAUAUGACCAUCGUCUCAUAGAUGGUCGUGAAGCUGUUUUGUUUCUACGGAAGAUAAAGGCAGCUGUUGAAGAUCCAAGAAUUAUGUUACUUAAUGUGUAAAUUAGUGGCACUUUCUGUUUUGUUCAUAAAUAUUUGAACAAAAAGUAAUAGGCAGCUAAGCCUAGAGUGACUCUUGGUCUGCUCAGCUACCAGUACCCCCACAACUAGUGUUUUAGAAUGGUGUAGCAGACUUUUCACAUUUGUUAGCAAAACUUAUAUCUGAAUUUGUUUUGCUAACAUACAAUUCCUGUAUCCCUAUUUUAUUAUUUAUAUAAUUGUUGUGCUGAUGUGGUGCUGAAUUAUUCAACUCUGCGACACUCAAGCAAAAGUGAAGAUGAACCAUUGUAUUUAUUACUUUGUAUUACUGCACUUUAUUUUCAAAUGCCAAUCACGCUUUUGUAAUAAUGAAUCUGUAUUUAUUGUACAUUAAAGCAAGUGUGUGUGUGUGUGUGUGUGUGUGUGUGUGUGUGUGUGUGUGUGUGUGUGUGUGUGUUGGUUGAGAGAUGUUGGGAGAGCAAUUAGAGCAGACAAACAUGUAUAAAAGAAGUCAACAAAAUUAAAAUCUACUUACAAAUUUUUUGACAUUUUUUUGUUUCAUCACAUGUAUCUGAGGAAGAUAAAUAAUUUUUUAACUCUCAACAUGCACUUUUCUACCCAUGUCACAUGUUUAGACUAUAUAGCGUACACCCAGUAAACAAAAGAUGAAAAAUAUGCUGUUCUUGUGAUACUUUCCUUUUCUGAGUUGAUAUACUAUGAUUCGCAUUACUGAAGGAAUGUAACAUGCAAGUGCAAAUUUUCUGGAAGCAACCUGUUACAAACAUCAGAUUGUGCUCUAUUUGUAUAUAAAAAUUUAAUUAAAGUUGGUUUUGAGAAA